AUGUUUCCAAAUUAUCAAAAUAUUGUUGCCGCUGCCGAUGUCACCAAUACUACCGCAAACGUCGACGUCACAUUUUCCAUUGCCAGCGGUAACAAUAUGAAACCUUCAGUCUCGACUCCAUUAUUAAAUGAUCCUUCUCACAAAAGCAAUAAUGAUAUUAUUUGGUUCUUGGAACGUCUUGAAAAACAACGGUUGGAAAUCAACGUUGAUCGAAAUCUUUCCGAGUUGAAUAAAACCUUAUCAAAAUAA